ACUCUGAUAAAAUGUUUUGAAUUCUUCAUUACGCCGAAAUAACUGGGGAACCAAAAACAUCACCAAGACUUUUCCAUGUUAAACAUCUGAUAAAAGAUUCAAACUGAUAUUUAAACAAGUUUAAGUUCCUUUGAAAGAAAAUUGAAUCACGCACGAAUAAUAUCUUUUUGUAUUGAAAUUGUCCAAUUUAAACGCAGCUGUUGCGUUUGAAAUUUACCCUGAAUUAAGUCGUACAGGAACCAAUUACAUGUGAGUACGUAUGAUGGCGCAGGUUAACUUAGCGCGCUCACCAUUAUUUAGAGACCAGAGGAACUUCGCCAUUCAAUUUAGCCCGGAGAUUUGUACGGCGAACUUUAUCAGUAAUUCAAGAAACUUAGAGGAGUUAAUUUGUAAUGACUGCUGGUCCCUCAGCUGUAGUCCUGCUGAUUUCUGCCUUGACUGUGUUGCCAGUAGGGUCUCUGAAGUUCUUUCACGUGUCUGAUGUCCAUCUUGAUCCAUUCUACAAUAAGGCUGCGGAUGUGAGCACGUAUUGCCAGGGAUCUGGCUUAACAGCAGAUUAUGAGGCACCUUAUGGUAGGAUCGGUUGUGACUCACCGUUAGCUCUGUGGAAAAUUGCUCUAUUAGGAAUGAAGGAGGAAGGACAAAGUGCUGAGUUUAUGAUGCUCUCUGGAGAUUCGUCUGCCCAUGGUCUAACAGAUGAUCAUGGUUCACCAAAAGUCUUAAAAGCCAUGUCCAUGGUGGCAAGUGAAGCCCAUAAAGUGUUUCCAGACAUUCCAAUUUUUCUUGCAAUUGGCAACAAUGACCUCCCUGGACAUUAUAUUCUACCAAACAAUAGCGAUUGGUACAAAACAGUCUUGUCUUACUGGGCCCCACUCAUUUUGUGCUCACAUUGUCCCAGGAGCGUGGAAAAGCCUACAACAAUGGAGGAAUUGGCAAAAACAUUUCUAGAGGGCGGUUACUAUAAAGUCAACAUUGCAGGUGGAAAAAUGAUUUUACUUGUGCUGAAUACCAUGUACUGGAAUAACAACUGGUACACGAAUGACCUUGUUAAACAAAUUGCUGAAACUCAAAUGCAGUGGUUCAAAGACCAACUUCAACUCGCCAAAGACCAAAAGAAAAGAGUCCUUAUCAUGAGCCACAUCCCACCUGGAGGCGACCCACAUGAUGGUUCCUACUUCUGGCAUAAACAAUAUUUAAUACCUUAUGCGAGUCUGACAGCCGGACAAUUCCAUGAUGUAGUGGCAGGCCAGUUCUAUGGUCAUACUCAUAGAAACGACUUCCAUCUUCAAAUAAUGAACACUGCAAGUGAUGAAGCAGAAAAAACUUCCACCAAAUCCUUUGUUCUACAAGUUGCCUCAGUAUCACCUGUCUACUCUAACAAUCCAACAUUCAGAGUGAUGUCUUUGGACACAAGAGAACGUGCUCUUGUUGACUAUGACCAAUAUUAUCUUGACUUGGUUCUUGUGACAGAAUUUGCACAUCCCGUUUGGAAGUUUGAUUCCACAUUUAGCAGAAAGUAUCCAUCAAAACACAAGUUAAUCAAUGCAGACAGAAUCGAUGAGCUGAACCGUAAGCUGAUCAGCCAAACUGAAGGCAGAUAUUGAAAUGAAUACAUGCCUUCAACAACCUCCCGCUACCAGCUGGGUUCAUACGAUCGGUUUGCCCUCUAUUGUGUCAUGAGAUAUGUCUCUGAAGAUGAUUUUGAGAAAUGCCAUGAAAAAUUCAAAGUACCUGGUGGCUAGUUAAAUAAUUAUAACAAAAUAUGUUAUGAGGUAUUCAAUGUAACAUCAUAUCCUGGAGUAUAUGAAUAAAAUGCAUGUCUAAAAUA